GGCCGCGGCAGCCGUCGUGCCCCGGCGGGGCGCAGUGAAGAGCUGCGGCGGGACGAUGACCCAGCGCCGGGAGCCGCGUCCCGCCGCGCUGCUAGACGAGGAGCUGGAGGCGCUGGGGUGGUAUCAUGAUAAUCUUACCCGGCAUGCAGCAGAAGCGCUGCUGCUUUCCAACGGGCAGGAUGGAAGCUAUCUCUUGAGGAAGAGUAAUGAAAGGGAAGAUUUGUAUUCCCUCUCUGUAAGGGGAAAAGAUUCUGUCAAACACUUCCUUGUUGAACAUACAGGAACUUCGUUCAAAUUUGGAUUUAAUGAAUUCUCUAGCUUGAAGGAAUUAGUCAUGCAUUUUGCAAAUCAGCCUUUAAUUGGAAGUGAAACAGGAACCUUAAUUGUAUUGAAGCAUCCCUACCCUCGGGAAGUGGAAGAACCUUCCAUUUAUGAGUCCGUCCGAGUUCACACAGCCAUGCAGACAGGAAGGACAGAAAGCGACCUUGUUCCAAAUGCUCCUUCACUUGGUACAAAAGAAGGAUAUUUGAUAAAACAAGGCAAAAUAGUCAAGAAUUGGAAGACAAGGUGGUUUACACUGCAUAGGAAUGAACUUAAGUAUUUCAAAGACCAGACAGCCACAGAACCAAUUCGGGCACUUGACUUAACCGAAUGCUCAGCUGUGCAAUUUGACUAUUCCCAGGAAAGAGUCAAUUGUUUCUGUUUAGUGUUCCCACUGAGGACAUAUUAUCUGUGCGCAAAAACCGGAAUAGAAGCUGACGAGUGGAUUAAAAUACUGCGAUGGAAGCUGUCACAGAUACGGAAGCAACUGGAGCAGCGUAACGCCACCCUCAGCUCCUAGCUGCACCUCUCCUGCUUCCCUCCAUUGGCAGGAGCUGCCUCUUGGCCAGGGGAAGGCAUCGCUUACAAGAGGAUGGUUUCAUGUGUCUCCAUUACUCAUGAUGUGCACAUGUGUGUCUGUGUACCCGCACAGGCACACUUGCACCCAGCUCUGUGCAUAGAGGGCUUGUACAGCCAGGUGCUCUCAGGCCAUCGAGUUCAUGUGUGGAGACAGUUGCAAAAUCAGUGUAUUGGUUUGACGUGCAUGGUGUGUGCCUGCAACACUCUCAAUUUAAACACCUCUUCACUAAUCACAGGUGUAGUCACUGUUGAAAACUUCUGUGGCUAUUCAAAGCGCUCUUGGUAAUUUAUUGCAAGCUCCAUCACAACUUUCCAUUAGCAGCACAUUCUGUAACCUUGAGCCAGUUAUUUAAAACCAGUCCUUUCUGGAAACAUUAAAUACCUUUUUUGCAUGAUCUGUUUAGGCUCUAAACCAAAAGAAAAAUGACGGAGGUAAUUACAUUGUUGUAAAUAGUAUCUGUAUUACAAUCCAGAGAAUAUUUCAAGGUGAUGGAUGAGUAAACACUUAGUUCUGGUCAAA